CUGGGCACUGCGCGUGCACGCCCAGUUCUCAUUGAUUUAGCCGCUGCAGAGCGGGCACGCGGCUCUUCAGCUGGAGAGAGUCAGCUACAUCAAGCAGAAGAAGAAGUGGAAAGAGUGGCUCCGCCGCGACCGACAUGGAGCGCAGUGAGGGAGCAGAGCGAGGAGGCGAUGCCGUCCUUCUCCGCGCCUGAAUUCAGCGGUGACACCGAGGCUUAACACUCGGCUGCGGAGAUAAGGAGCCGCUUGCAGUUAUCACGGGACAUUUGCGCAACAAUGGCAACCCCCCAGCAUUGAGGGACUUUCUGCAUCACAGAACUCUUGACUCAGCCAACUUCCCUCCACCCUUUUGUUUCAACCAUGGACUCCUCAAGGGAUUUGACCUCAGCCCUGGACGGGCCUGUGGACCCCAGAGGCUUCUCCGGUCGCUCCGAUCUCAGCGGCCUCUACCAUCUGGGCCGGACGCUGGGAAGGGGCCACUUUGCUGUUGUGAAACUGGGUCGUCAUGUCAACACAGGGCAACUGGUGGCUGUAAAGAUGAUCGAUAAGACUAAACUGGAUGUCAUGGCAACAAGCCACCUCUUACAAGAAGUCAGGUGCAUGAGGCUGGUGCAGCAUCCCAACGUGGUCCGGCUCUAUGAAGUCAUCGACACUCCUACCAUGCUCUACCUGGUCAUGGAGCUGGCCGAAGGCGGUGACCUUUACGAUUACAUCCUGCGCCAUGAAGGAGGCGUGGUGGAGGGCACCGCCAAGCGUCACUUUGCCCAGAUUGUGCGAGCGGUGUCGUACUGCCACCAGCUGCACGUGGUGCACCGGGACCUGAAGCCGGAAAACGUGGUGUUUUUCCCCCAGCAGGGUGCCGUGAAGCUGACAGACUUUGGCUUCAGCAAUUUAUUCCAGCCUGGGAUGAUGCUGGCCACCAGCUGUGGGUCGCUGGCUUAUUCUGCUCCAGAGAUCCUGCUGGGAGAGGAAUAUGAUGCUCCAGCUGUGGAUAUCUGGUCUCUUGGUGUGAUCCUGUACAUGCUGGUCUGUGGAGUCCCUCCCUUCCAGGAAACCAACGACAGCGAGACUCUGGUCAUGAUUCUGGACUGUUGCUACUCCGUCCCCGAACACGUUUCAGACGUCUGCAGAGAUUUGAUCUCCAGGAUGCUGCAGAAGGAUCCGUGUCGCCGUGCGUCUCUCGAUGAGAUCGAGGCUCACCAGUGGCUGCAGGGCCUGGAUGAUGCCCUUCUCAGCCCUGAGGCGCCACCACAUUGGGUAGCAGGGGCCCUCUCUGCCUCAUCUUCCUCACUGUGUGCUCCAGAGUGUGGGGAUCUGCUGGCUAUGAGGACCUCCACUCAGCAGGCUUUUCCUGGCACAUGGCAGCCGAGCCUCGACUUCAACCUCCGACCCGCUCCAGCUGAAGAGCCUCCUGUGGGCAAGAACGUUCCUGCACUGCAGCAGAUCUGUGAAGAGGAGGAAGAGGAAGAAGAAGAAGAAGAAGAGUGGGAGGAAUUGAGAGAACUGGAAGGGGAGGCUGAGGAUGGGUUGGAGUGUGUGGAAGAAGGGGAAGAGUUAGGAAAUACAGAAGAGGACAAAGUAGAGGAGAUGCAGAGAGAAAAUGAAGACAGCGGCUGUGUGAUUUCAGAUCAGCCAGUCAGUCACCGGGAUGAGACGCUCAGUCAGACAUCUGAAGUCACUCCGAUAUCCGAAGUCACUCCAUCCUCACCAGCUUUCAGGGUGUCUUGUUGUCAGCUGAACAUCUCGAACAGGAAAGAGGGGCAGGAUGAAGAGAUGGAACCAAACAACAACACGGGCAAACCACCCCCACUCCUCCCAACUCCUGAAUCCUGUCAGUCCUGCAUCUCUGCGUCCUCUGCCAGCCUGAGGGAGAAAACAGAAAGGGAGGAAGAACUGAACGAAAAGAACGAGUCCACUGCAAAAUCUCCAGCCCAAAAUCCACAAGGAAGCCGAGAUGAGUCGGUACCGAGGGCGGAGCAGGGGAAACGACACAGCAUCAGGCUCCGAGACAGACUCUUCCAGUUCCCUUUGUGCGAGAAAGCCCUGGCCUUCAACAUACCUUCACAGAACAAGCCCAAGAUCCUGCCACUGGCUCAGUACAACUGCUGCCACGUGCUGUAGCAAAUGUUGGCUUCAGGGUCGCUCUCUCUGGGGACGGUCGGGCUGCUUAGCAGUCAGCAGCUGGUUGAAGCCCGAACACAGACCUUGUGAAGUGGCACGCAGCUGAACUCUUCAGAGACGAUGAGCAAAACAGCUCUCAGCAAGAAAGCACGCUUGUACAGCUUCACAAACACCCACUUCCAACAGUGUGCUCAUGUAAUAAACAUUACUUUAGUAAGAGUCAACAGUGAGAUGUACCAAGGACUUAAUUUCCAUUUGCUGCUGUGUAAAGGAGAGACUGCAGAAUAAAAAACAAAACUGUUUGUUAAUUUGUAGCUUCAAGACAAAACUGCUCCAACCUCUAUGGACUUCAAGAAGUUAGUGAGAGAAAUAUGAGGGCAAGAUUUAUUUUAUUACAUAAGCUAGAGACCAUUUUGUUUGCUCGAAGGUGCCUAUGAAGAUUAAACGGAUUUGUACUGUAGUCAGUCCAGUCCAGAGCAGAUCCACUGUGCUGCAUGUUAUCAGCAAGAUACGUCAUCAGCCACCUGCCAACUAUAUUCUCAAAUAUAUUUUAGAUUAUACACCAGAAAAUGUGAAAAACUGAAUACAUUUUCAUUUUACUGCAGAAAAAAAGAUCUGAUGCUUUUUCUUUCUGUAUUUGGGUGUAAAAUCAUUGCAGUCCAAAUCAUGACCCCUUCACCACUGUGCUUGAUAACUGGAAUGAGGCAUUUGUGCUGUACUUUUAUUUUGGUGUUCAAUACACACAGUGUUUAGCAUUGUGAGAAACAUUUUAUUGCAGCCCCAGUGCUUGAGACGUUUUGUGAUGAACUCAGAUGCAAUUUUGCAAACCGUUGUUAUUAAUUUUAAAGAGGAGAAGCUUUCUCCUUCAACUUUUCCAAACAAGACAAACUUGUUCAGGCUUUUUUUUUCUGUUCUCCUGUCAUAACCUUUAAUAUCUAGAAUGCUAACUUAGAUGUGUACACGAUUGCAAGGGCUAAUCCUGACGUGAAUUUACUGAGAAGAUAGGCAACCGUCUUAAAUGUUUUCCAUACAAAACAUAUUUCUCACUUGAGAAUAAUGGACCUUACAAUCAUUCCCACAUUAAUGGGUAGAAACAAUGAAUUUACAACAGUCAUAGCUUAAGUCUUGUCGUGUUGGCCUGGUGUCAGCAGAGCAACAAAUUACCAAAGCUUCUGCUUGUGUAGAAGUAUUACUGCAAUGUCUUUCUGCUUUGGGUUGAACAAAGACCCCAGAUAACAAGUCCAACUAUCAAAACAAAUAUAAAAUUCA